AUGAAAGGCCAGAACUCAAAUUCUACAGACAAGGGGAAUGCCUCUCGUGGACUUGUCAAUGAACAAUCACCUCUUCUCGCGCACAACCGUGCAAAACUCCAACCUCCUCAGCAACCCCAAGACACUGAGAGUGCAUCUACUGAAGAUGGGCCAUCGACUAGAUAUCUCAUCGCUGUUUUCGGCAGUGUCUUCAUUGGAGUCUUCCUCGCUGCCCUCGACACCACUAUAGUCGCUACCCUCUCUGUCCCCAUCUCCAAUACCUUCGGGUCACUGAGCCUCGUCUCAUGGCUUGGAUCAUCUUACCUCAUUGCCAAUGCUGCUUGCCAGCCUCUCUCCGGCCGCCUAACCGAUAUCUUCUCCCGUCGCUCCGGCCUCGUGCUCUGCAAUAUACUCUUCGGUGUUGGAACUUUGAUGUGUGGAGCUGCAACGUCGAAAUGGACACUUCUUGCUGGUCGAGUCGUGGCGGGCAUGGGUGGCGGAGGCCUCAAUGCCAUAACGGCGUUCGUGGCCAGUGAUCUCGUGCCUCUUAGAAGACGAGGCGUUAUCCAAGGCUUCGUCCAUAUUUGUUAUGGUGUUGGCGCUGGUCUCGGUGGACUCUUUGGAGGCUGGAUUAAUGACCUCUGGGGCUGGAGGACUGCUUUCCUGAGUCGCGUGCCGUUGAUUGCUAUCUCCACCAUUCUCGUCUCUAUUACCCUCAAGAAUACCCCCACCAAGCACAAUGACAAGUCAAGAUUAUCGAGGGUGGACUUCUUGGGUGCCUUCACACUAUCCUUGAAUCUUAUCCUCUUACUGCUAGGUCUCAAUUCUGGGGGGAAUCUUGUCCCAUGGACCCAUCCACUGGUUUUGGUCUCCGUGUCACUGUCGGUUGUAGCCGCUGGGGCCUUUGUUCUUGUCGAGUCCAAAUGGGCUAAGGAGCCCAUCAUCCCUAUGCAUCUGCUCCUCGAUCAGACGGUUCUUGCCGCUUGUCUUAUGAACUGUCUAGUAACUAUGAUACUAUUCAUGGCUACAUAUUACGUUCCCAUCUUCUUUCAGGUCAAUGGCUACUCCACAACAGCCGCCGGUCUACGUCUCUUACCUCAGAGUAUAGGAACCGCGCUAAGUUCUCUUACCUGUGGCUUCAUCAUGAAACGUACCGGAAGAUACAGAACUUUGGGCAUGACCGUCAUAGUGUGUUCUGCUUUAGGCUUCAUCGGCCUGAGUACCAUGACUAUCCAAACACCAACUCCUCUUGUAUUACUAUAUGUCUUCCUUAUUGGAGUGGGGUAUGGUGGAAUGUUAUCCGUGUCACUGCUCGCAACAGUUGCAGCUGUAUCCCAUGAUGAUCAAGCCGUCGCAACCUCUGCCAACUACGCAUUCCGAUCAAUGGGUUCCACGAUUGGUAUAACGAUCGCAUCGGUAGUGUACCAGAACUUACUGCAACAUGGUCUACGUCAACGCUUCGACGGCUACGAAGGAUCUUCUGAGAUAAUAAAGCGUAUUCUUGACUCUUUAGAUGAGCUGAAGCGGCUCCCUGAUGGAUGGAGUAGUGGCGUUUAUGAGACAUACGAGAUUUCAUUGCGAGGGGUAUUUCUGACUGGACUCGGCGUAGCUGUCUUGGGGUUGGUCGCAGCGAGCUUCAUCAGGGAGCACAGGCUACACAAUACGAUUUCUCGGGCAGAUAACAAGUGA